UUAUUCUUUAUUCAAUUGCUUUGCUUUUUCCGGGGAGAGUAUUCCCCCCUCUAUCUUACAUGUGUGGGGUGGAUACUGUGCACUGUGAGAGUGCAGUGCAUUGUGGAGUGUUUGGCAGGCAAACAGUUGGUGGUGCCUUCCCACUGUAACUCUUCAGAGUUAUUCUUAACAACUGCAGGAUUGGACCCUGUUCUAAAAAUUCUAAUUAUAUGCACCUGUCAUACAGUUUAUUGUGUGACAAUAUGUGGAAACCUCCUGAUCAUCAUAUUGGUGUCCUACAGCAAAGUCCUCCAUUCCCCCAUGUACUUCUUCCUCUCCCAGCUUUCUGCAUUGGAUGUCAUGCUGUCAACUGAUAUUCUUCCUAACAUGAUCAGCACUGUUUUGGCAAACAAGACAACAAUGUCAUUUUCUGGUUGUCUAGCUCAGUUUUCUUUCUUUGCUCUCACAGGAUGUUCAGAGUGUCUUCUUUUGACAGCGAUGAGUUGGGACAGAUAUUUGGCCAUCUGUAGACCAUUGCAUUAUACCUUGAAAAUGAACUACCAGGUUUGCUGGAUACUGGUUAUCCUAUGCUGGAUUUUAGGUAUUUUUUUAGUAUUGACUUACACUUUAACAAUAUCAAAUUUACAAUUUUGUGGUCCCAAUAUCAUUGAUCAUUUUUUCUGUGACUUUGAUCCAAUCAUACAACUCUCCUGCUCUGACACCACCAUUGUUCGUUUGGAAGUGACAGUUUUGGGUUUUAUAUUUGUAAUUUUCCCAUUCUUAACCAUCUUCGUAUCAUAUUCUUAUAUUAUAGUUACCAUAUUGAAAAUCCCGUCUAUUACUGGCAGACAGAAAGUUUUCUCAACAUGCAGUUCCCACCUGACUGUUGUGUCCAUUUAUUAUGGUACCCUAGUUUGUGUUUAUUUGGUACCUAAUAAGGGACAGACACAAACCCUAAAUAAGGUCUUAGCAUUACUGUACACUGUUGUCACCCCAAUGAUGAAUCCAAUUAUAUACAGUCUGAGGAACAAAGAUCUGAAAAUGGCUGUUAGAAAAUUCAUCAUUGACUUUUUAUUUAUUAGUUUCAGUAAAGAUUAA